UGUAAUAUAUAGCAGCAUACACAGCAUCUACCCGACUUGCACUGUGACGCGCAUAGAUAUGCGAGAGCCCCGUGAUAAUGAUAUAGGACUCAUGUUUGAUGUGACUGUCUGCAAUAAUGAUAAGAACGAUAUCGACUCGGACAUGUUGGAGCUGACAGUGAACUCAAAUGGCAUUUGCACAUUGAAUCUGCCGAAUGGGGAACAGGUGGAGGCAGGUACUAUUUUUGGCGGUGAUUUGACGACAAUUGAGCCGGGCAAGAGUGUUACAGUAUCCCUGGUGUUGCCCACUGAGUCUGUUUACAAUCGCGUUGGCAGCUGCCCAAUCGCCAUUUGGAGCAUGAAUCAUGAAAACGGAAGGAUGGAUCAAAUUAGCCAAAUUUUACACUUUGAUACGCGUUUCGAGACACUGGAUCCGAGCGCUCAAUCGCUGCGCAGACGCACGGAUUUCGUUGACUGCAACAACUGGGACAAGGACUACUUGCGCAAUUGCACGCCCGUCGACUGUGAGGAACGGUAUUUUGGGCAGCGGAGCUUCUACAAUCGCAUAACGGAACAUUGUGAGCCAACUCCGGCCUCUUCUUCCAGCGGAGAUAUGCAGUACAAUUACUAUGCCAACGAGUGUGUCGAAACGCAAACGGUCAUCACAGAAAAAAAGAUUGAGCAGCCAGAGACGAGCACGGAGAGUUAUAAUAUCUUUGAGUUGCAUCCCUACGGUGGAAUGAGGCGAAAUCUGCAUAUUAUUGAACACCAUACAAAUACAGAUACGGUGACAAACAAUAAAAUGGAAAUAAUGAAUCUAAGUCAUGUGCUGCAUACUCAGAAACACCAUGGCAAUGUAAGUACGUCGACCGAGAAGAAAAUGGAAAUAGCCAAUAGCAGUCAAGUGCAUCUACCAUACGCAAAAAUAAAUACAUCUGCCACAAGGAAAUUGAAGAAAAAGAUGUCACCAAAAUCUGAAUUGCGAAACUUUUACUACGCUUGGUAUAUGCCCCUGAAUGCGGAGAGCAACUUGGGGAAAGACAAUAAUAAUAAUAAUAAUAAUAGCGUUGAUGGUGGUGAUACCAGCAGCACAUCAUCAGGACCUGAUAGUAGUAACACUAUCGAUGUGGAUCCGGACCACACAUUGGAAAACAUUAACAAUAGCAAUAGUGGGAGUGUAAUGGGAACAUCGCAAUCGAAUAAUUUUCGCCAUCUGCUAGCCUCGUAUAGUGCAAUGGAGUGGCUGAUAAUGGCAAUGGAAAUGCUGCUCCUCAUCUUAUUGGUCAUUAUAUUACAGAUCAUAAUCACGUUACUCAUCUACACAGUGGUGUGCAUUUGCCUCUACAUUCUUCUGGAAAUAAUCGGCGAGAUAAAAACAAAGAAGGCAAGCAGCAGUCAUUUAGGUAAGAAAAUGAUGCCACGACACAGAAAAGACAUAAACUAUGUUACGACCUCAGCUAGUUUAUUGUCACUAUUAAAAUGACUUGUGAAAUUCUUAUUAACUUAUGUAUGUUUAGCUUUAAAGUUGGUGCACAUUAUUUUUAUAAUUAAAUUUA